AUGCAAUACGCAACCCUCAGCCUCCCGCCACCCAUCCUCAAUGUGUACGCCGAACGCAUUACGAAGCUCAACUCCGUCCCUCAACUUUCUGACUUCCCGGUCGCAUGGUCUCGUUUCGUGGGUGGUUUGCAAACCGAAGGACUUGCAUUCGAGUUCCUGGGAGGAAUAUACAUGGUUAUCGUCUUCGGCCUCCUACAGUCAUCCAGUCUUGCAGCAAACCCUGUCUGCGCCUUCCUCGGCAUCACCUGCGUCAUUGCUACCGCAUUCAGUGUCGCGUACAAAGUGGUCUUUCGCUCCAUGAUGCCGAGGAUGUCUGAUCCCUGGCGAGGCCUAGCCUGGGUGCAGGCGUCAAUGGACAUCCCGACCUCCUCGUGGAAGUCGGCCCCAAGGCUUCUGGCGGUCCCUGCCGUAUGGCUGGCAUGGGCCACCAUUGCGUUAAUCGCGUUCCUCUUGUCCGAGGCGUGGGCGGGCCUCAGCGACGUCUCUUCGACGGCGCCGCCGCCGCGCCUCAAAAUCGUGCUGUCCGUGUUCAUCACGAUAGAGCUUCUCGUGGGCUUGGUCCAAGCGGCCUACGUGGUUCCGGCCUUCGGGAAGCUGUGUGAGGCUGGCGGCCACGCCCGCACUCUCGAUGGUCAGCGCGGAGAGGUCGUGUAA